AUGACACACAACGAAACAAUUCUGAUAUUGCAGCCGACUUUCCGUGUUAGUGAAUGUUCCAAUUUUCGGUCGGAGGGUCGGACAACAUUUAAAAGAGCAGCAGUGGAUCUGAGCGCUGCCGCUGCUGCUGGUGCUGGCGGUACAGCGACAGGAAAAAAACCAACAAAAAGGAGCUAUUGGGGAAUGAUUAGUGGGAUAGCGUGUGGUACUGUGCUAAUGGUAUGUCUGGUUGGAGCUGCUGGGAUUCUGAUCAAUCGAAGGCGACGAAAACGUCAAGCUAUUGGGUUCUUUUUUUUUGCAGUUUUAAAUCAAAAAGGAUUUCCAGGGAGAAAAGUAAUGGGGCGAACAAGCUUUUGA